GGCGGGGUCGGCGAGGAGCAGCUGCGGUGCUUCCGCGAGUGCCUGCAGGAGGCGAUGCGCGAGCACUACAAGCACCACUGGUUCCCCCUGGUGCCCUCCAAGGGCUCCGGCUACCGCUGCAUCAGGAUCAACCAUAAGAUGGACCCCUUGAUAGGAAAAGCGGCGGGGAUGAUCGGACUGAGCCACGAGAGGCUCUUCCAGCUCUUACCCAGCGAAUUAACGCUGUGGGUCGACCCCUUCGAAGUGUCCUAUCGCAUAGGUGAGGACGGGUCUAUCUGUGUGCUGUACGAAAGCCCCCAGCCUGGGGGGAAGGCGGCCAAACAGCUGGAGAGCAGGACCAGCUGCAAGGAGGAGUGGAGAAUUGGCAGAUCCAGCCCUUCCAAGAGUUACAACAUGAUGACGGUUUCUAGUUAAAAACAACUCUUCCCUGUACGGUGUUGUAUGUAUCCCAACCUCGUGGUAAAGUUAGAUGUAACCGAGCUUUUUUGGUUUUAGUUAUUUUUUUCACCCUAUAGUCAUUAAAGUCGUGGUAUACUGCCAAGUUCUUCGUAGCCAAGGGCUAAAUGUAUAAAGCAGUUCUUUAUGCUGCAUGUUCCUUUCUGGGUUGUGUCCUGUAAAUGCUCUGUACAGUCGGUGGAUUGUUUUACACAUUUAUAUUUUGGAAAAAGUUUUGCCUAUUUGUAAUAAAAAGCAGUAUUGUAGCACUCUUCAUGAUGGGUUUUAGUCAAAAUUGGUACUUGCUAAAAAAAAAAAAAUCUGCAAUUUGCAAUAACACAAAGGGGGGGUGGGAAACUAACAAACUGCACGUGAAUCUUUCCAGUGAUUUGUCUGCACAGACUUCUCUCAGGGUCAUUCAAGUUUGACUGUGAGGCACAAAUCACAGAAAUAACUCUUAAUUUUUUCAUUUUUCAAAGCAUGCAUUUAUUUGAGGGCUGGGUUCCAUCACACCCCAAUAUUUUAGCAAAAAGAAGUGGGGAAUUAGUUGUCUUGUUAUCUCCAGUUAUGGGAGUAGGAAAAUAAAGACUUGCUUAAAAUGCUUCUGA